UAUUUUUUAAUUAUUACAUUUAGUUUCAAGCCAGCUAGCCUUAAAGUAUAAUUGAUUAACAUUUUGAAAUAUAUGGUUUAUAAACUUGUUACAUUUGUAACCCAGUUUAAUAUUUAUUAUUAAAGCAGGUAAUAUGAUGUAGGUAAUAUACAUAUUUUAAUAUAACACAUAUUUCCCUAUUUGUCAUGUUAUGAAACAAAACACAUUGCUUAUACUAGAGAAAAUUUAUGGAGUAAAUAAAGUGAAGAAUGGUAUGCUUCAAUCAAUCAGUGGCGAAGGAUAUCAUUUUUCCAUCAUGAGUCUCUUGGAGAUAGCCUUGAUCCUUGCCUUGCUGACAAUAAUUAAAUCAUUCACAGCUGAUCAGCGUACUUUAUUGCUGUGAUUGUGUACAGUGUUCUGGUUCUGCUCAUUUCAUUUAGCAUCACUUUACACAAGUCUUUUCAGGGUUUUUGCUCAUCUUGUUUGAAGGUCUUUAAAAGCCAAACGGGUACUUUUAGAGUUGAUCCUGGAGGUGACAAGGAACCACUGGAGUCUAUUGAAUAAUGAAGGGAUGUGGUCAGACCUGGGCUUUAGGAAGCUCCCUUUUGAGAGUUAAAAGGAAGAUUAAAGGGAAGUACGAGAUUUGAGACAGGGGUAGCCCAGUUAAGAGGCCGCUACAGUAGUCUUGCUGAGCAAUGAGGAGGGCCUGCAGCAGGCUGGUGGCGGGGUCAGAGAAGUGUGGUGGUGGAGGCUUACAUUCAAAUCCCAGCCUUGCUUCUCACCACCAUUGUGAUCAUAAGCAGAUCCCUGGGCUUCUCGUAUCUACAGACAAAUUUUUUUAUCUGUAAAAUGAAGCUGAAAUGGAAAACUACUACAUUUCACUUUAAUUCUUCACUUUUCUUUUGUUUGUUCGAGUCCUCUUUCACAAAAAGACUAAUAUGGAAAGAUGUUUUAUUCUAUUACACAUGUAAAAAUCUAUAUCAGAUUGCUAACCAUAUCAGGGAAGGGGGUGGGAAGGGAGGGAAGAAGGGUUAGAAUUUGGCUCAAACCUAAAGACAAGUUUAAAAAUUUUUUUCCUGUCAUUGAGUUAAAAAUAUUAGUAAAUCUUAAAAAAUAAAAUAAAGUGAAAAUAAAAUUAAAUACGUUGGCCACAUAAUGAGAAGAAAGGAAUCACUGGAAAAGACUGAUGUUGGGAAAGAUUGAAGGGCAUGACAGAAAAGUAUAUGGAUAGUGUUGUGGAAACCAUGAACAUGAACUUGGACAGACUGAAAGAUAGUGGACAAUAGAGGGGCCUGGUGUGUUUGGUCCAUGGAAAGAGGUAUACAUGACUGAAUGAUUGAACAACAACAAAAAUGAAGAUGAUCUCUAAGGUGCCUUUUAGCUUUUAAAUCCUAUGAUCCAGGAAAAAAAGAAUCCUAGAUCUAAAUAGAAGACACUUGGAUUUAAGUCUUGGCUCAGACAUUUACUAGUUACAGAGUUUGGACAAGGUCCUCUCUGAGCCUCAGAGGUCUUCUGUGUAAAAUGGGGCAUCCUACCUGUGCUAACCCAAACCAUAAGGUGUUUGGGAAGCACUACAUAACUAUAAGCAACCAUGGUGAUGAUAUCCAGCCAUUGGAUUAGGACAUCUACAGAGACAAGAAUAGGGACUUGGUCUUGAACCUGUUUCUGGUAAUCCUGAUAUACAAUAUGAGUUUUGUCAGCCAAAGAACAGAAGCAAACACAUCAGAAAACAAAAACAAUUCCACAAUUAUGAAGUUGUUUGCACAGUUUUUUAGCAUGUGAUGACUGAAAAGGAUUCCUAUCUACCUCCCUCAUCCAAAUAUUGAUAUAUGUAAGUAAUAAAAAAUGGAAAUCACUGGUAGGCAUCUUGUGAAUCAAUAUGGUACAUUGGAGAAGGUAAUGGAUUUGGAGUCACCUUGAGUUUGAAUUCUAGCUCUUCUGUUUCCUUUCUGUGUGGCUUUCAGUAAGAUAAUCAAAAGAACCGAGUAUGCUCAUAGAGAAAUAAGGAAAAGGUCGGAUGGGUGACUCAGUGCCAGGCCUAGAGAAGGAAAGUCUUGGGUUCAAAUCUAGCUUCAGACACUUCCUAGUUGUGUAACCCUGGUCGAGUCAUUUAACACAUUCAUUGUCUAAUCCUUACCACUCUUCUACCUUAGAACCAAUACACAGUAUUGAUUUCAAGACAGAUGGUAAGGGUUUAAAAAAGAAUUUUUUAAAAAAUUCUUCUCAUAAAAAUAAAUGUAAAUUAUACUCCAAAUAUAGUGGUAGCUAGGUAGUUCAGUGGAUUGAGAGCCAGGCCUAAGAAGGAAGGUCCUGGGUUCAAAUCAGGCCUCAGAUACUUCCUAGCUGUGUGAGCUGGCAUAAGUCACUUAACCCCUAUUGCCUAGCCCUUACCACUCUACUGCCUUGGAACCAAUACACAGUAUUGAUUCUAAGAUGGAAGGUGAGGAUUUUUUUAAAAAUUAAAAGAGAAAUUUAAAAUCUGAAGGAUGGGAUCAAGGAUCUGGUUUGUUUUGUUUGGUCCCAAAGGGUAGAAAUAGGUACAUGGGUACAUGUUUCCAGAGGUCAAUUGAGGUUCAAUGGCAAGAAAAAUUUCCUAACAAUUAGAACUGUCAAAAAAUGGGACGGGUUUCUACAGUAUGUGAUGGAUUCUCCCUCCUUGCAGGUCUUCUAGAUGCUGAAUGAUCACUAGUCUUGUAUGUUAAGCAGAGGAUUCCUUUUGUGUAUAGAUUGGAUUAGAUAGUGGCUAAGGUCCUUUAUAAUUGUGAUUCUAUAAAGUUCCCUCUCUGGGCCUCAUCUGCAAAACAAGGAGAUUGGAAGAGAUAAUUGCUCAACUCUUUAAAUAGGCAGAUAUGUGGUGUAGUGCCUAGUCAGGAAGACCUGUGUUCAAAUCUAAUCUAAAAUACUAGCUAUGUGACCCUGGGCAAGUCACUUUACCCUCUUUGCCUCAGUUUACUCAUCUUUAAAAUAAUCUGGAGAAGGAAAUGGCAAACCACUUCAGUAUCUCUGCCAAGAAAACCCAAAAUGGGAGCAAUGAAGAGUAAGCUAUAACUGAAAAACCCAUCACAAUAACAACAAAAGAGUUGGACUAAAGAUGACCUCUGAAGUAAUAUAAAUCUAAGGUCUUCUGAUCAUUUAUUUCUAUCACAGACAUUUUGAUUCUGUAAUUGUGCUACUCCCUCUGGGUUGAUUUGAUAUGGUCUGUAUACUAAGGUCCUUUUAUUACUUCAAUUUCUAACAUUGAUUACUUCUACCUUUGAAAUUCUGAUUCUCUGAUUGGGCUCCCCUCUCCGGGUUGAUUUGGUAUGGCCCAUAAAAACCAGUUAAUAUCUCCAUCUUUGACAUUCCGAUUCUGUUCUGGUGCUCCCCUCCCCGGGCUGAAUUGGUAUGGUCUGUAAACUGGGGUCUCUGAUUACUUCUAUCUCUGACAUUCUGAUUUAGUGCUUUUGCUCCCUACUCUGGGCUAAUCUCCAUCUUUGACAUUUUGAUACUGUGAUUGUCCUCCCCCUUCUGGGCUGACUUGAUAGGGUCCAGCUCCUCCCUAAAACGCUGUUGCGGGUUCUUUCCGGCCUCCCAAACCGGAAGCAGGGGCCUACGCUUUUCCAGGUAGUCUUUACUUCCUUUGAUCUUGCUUCUGUGCUCUAGUUGUGGUCUAAUCGUGCCCUCCUCCGGAGGCCAGUGUGCACUGAAGCGGAGUGGGGUGUGUUUAGCCAGCGUUGUCUCCUUUAGAACGAAGCUCUGUUCUCAGGUGCCGAAGGCCCCACUCCGCUCUUGGCCGCAGGUCGGCUCGAGAGGCCGCAGGCCAGCUCGGGAGGCGUUCAGCUACUGCCAUCUGCAAAUGCAGCCCGGCACUACGGGUGGGGACGACUCAGAGCCCGGCCUGAUGGGAAGGGAGGACCCAGAGUUCGGCCCUGCGGGAAAAAAGGACUCGGGGCCCGCCCUCGCCGUCGGGGAUGCAGUGAGGCCCCCGGCUCCCGGGCUGCCCCCGCGGGAUGAGGAGGGUGGUGGGGCCCCCCUCGGAGGAGCAAUCCGGGCCCAAGACCCGGCGGCUGAGCAGGCGAUAUCAGCUCAUUCCCGAGGCCCGGGCCUACGCUUUGCAGCUCCAGGGGGCCCGGCGCCGCCGGAGGAAGAGGAGGCCCCGGAACCUCGCGCCGUGUCUCUCUCCGACGUCCUGCAGCUGGUUCAGCAAGGCCAGGACAUUCCUGGGCUGGAGAAGCUGCACAUCACGGCCACCUGCAGGGAGCCCACCGCAUCGCGGAUUCCCCGGAAACCCAAGCCUUGGGAAACCCCGCUCCCGACCAGCCCCGGCUUGCCCUCGCCCUAGAACUCCUGACUAUACUAGAGAACCCCCUCCCCCAAUGACUGAGCACCUAAGCCAUCCGACACAUUAACAUUAAAGUAUUUACCAUGUGC